AUGGACCAACAUCCACUUCUUCCUCACAAUUCUUUUGAUCGUAUUAUCUUCAAUUUCCCUCAUGCUGGUUUCCAAUACUCUACAGAACAUGAACCCAACCAAAUCAAACUUCACCAGAAUUUAGUGAGAAGAUUUAUGAGGAAUGCAACGGAACUAUUGGCAGAAAAUGGGGAAAUCCACAUAACACAUAAAACUUCAUAUCCUUAUAGUGAAUGGAAGAUUGAGGAAAUUGGAGAAGAAGAAGGAUUAUAUCUAAAAGAAGAAGUUGAAUUCGACAAAAGGGAUUAUCCAGGUUAUGUGAAUAAGAAAGGCAGUGGACCAAAUAGUAAUAAAAAUUUUCCGGUGGGUUCUUCCAGCACUUUUAAGUUUGUCAAAUCACUUUCCAAAAAGGAGAUGAACAGAAGGUUGGCCCUGUCCACAUCCUUGGCCUCUGAAUUUACUCAACUUCAAGUUUAA